AUGUCAACGCCAGAGCCAAAGUACGGAGACCCCAACGGCCCAGCGGUAGAAGGUCGUGGCCCCGAGAAACGACUAGGGUCUGCAUGGCAGCAGCAAGCCUCGCCAAGCUCGCUCCCGACGCCGCCGAAGCUCUCGCUACGCGACUUCCCAUCCUCCGACACCAGCCCCGCUCUACUCAAGAGCAGGCUGUCCGACAAGGCUACAAGUCAAAGCAGCACCAAAGAAGGAAAACGAGGCGAAACAAGGCUGUCCGUCCUUCACGACUAG